AUGGACCUAACUGGUUAUCACCCUGAGCAGCAUCAGCCUCAGGCCCACCACCAUGAUAACUACUCCCAGGACAUAGUGACUGUAGAGGGAUCAUCAACAUCUCAGGAGCUGAAGACAGAGCCAGAGGGUAGACCUGAGCCAGAGGAGAGCUGUCCUGUCUGUGGGGACAGAGUGUCUGGAUAUCACUAUGGACUGCUUACCUGUGAGAGCUGCAAGGGUUUCUUUAAACGCUCAGUGCAAAAUAACAAGCAUUACACCUGUGUAGAAAUGCAGAGCUGCCCCAUGAACCCUUUGCAGAGGAAACGCUGUCCUUACUGCCGUUUCCAAAAGUGCUUGGCAGUGGGCAUGAAAAGAGAAGCGGUAAGAGCAGACCGUAUGAGAGGUGGCAGGAACAAGUUUGGACCUCUCUACCGUCGGGACAGGCAGAUGAAAGAGCAAAAGGUUUACCACCAGACAACCACCACUCCCUGUAGGAUAAAGAUGGAAACAACACAAGCACUCCAGCCCACAGCUCCAAGUGACCUCCACCUCAUGACCGGUCACACAAAUGUCCCAUUGUCUUCUGACCCUUUUCAUCAGUGCCAAGUUUAUCCCUCUGGCAUGGGCCAGUUGGGUGCCCCCAUGCCUCUGGACUGCACUAUGAACACAGACAGGGGGCUCACUCCUCCAUCUCUGCCUUAUGCUGGACUGUACCGCACAUUUCCUGGAUACCCUCAGGAGAAAAGAGAAGUGCCCUUCAGCUGCAGCCCAGCUCCUGAAAACCAUCCGUUCCAUUCACCACCUAACAAUUUAUUUACACCACUAAGCACGCCAGAAACAACAACGCCCUGCUCAACACCAAGCUCAACCACUUCUCUGACCCCAGCUUCAACCCCAACCCCAGGCCCCAGCGCAUUGGUGACUUCUACACCCAACUUUCUAGACCAGCUUGUGGAGGCCGAGCAGGAUGAGAGCCAGCUCUGUGCCAAGGUCCUGGCCAGCCUGCAGAGAGAGCAGGCUAGCCGAGGCAAACAUGACCGGCUCAACACCUUCAGCAUCAUGUGCAAAAUGGCUGACCAGACUCUGUUUGGGCUUGUGGAGUGGGCCAGGAACAGUGCGCUCUUCAAAGAGCUCAAGGUGGAGGACCAGAUGGUGCUUCUGCAGAGCUGCUGGAGCGAGCUUCUGGUCCUGGACCACCUUUGUAGGCAGGUGUCUUACAGCAAAGAGGGCUGCAUAUAUCUGGUCACUGGACAGCAAAUUGAGGUGUCAACCAUCCUUUCACAGGCAGGAGUGACACUGAGCAGCCUGGUGUCACGGACUCAGGACCUGGUCACCAAACUGAGGGCACUCCAGCUAGACAGACAUGAGUUUGUCUGUCUCAAAUAUUUGGUCCUGUUUAACCCUGAUGUGAAGUCAGUGCAGAGCCGCAGGCAGGUGGAGCAGACCCAGGAGAGGGUAAACAGGGCCCUGAUGGAGCGCACCCAGCAGACUCAUCCAGGACACUCAGACAAGUUCGGCCAGCUGCUGCUCCGACUGCCUGAGGUGCGCAGCAUCAGCUUGCAGGUGGAGGAUUAUCUGUACCAGCGGCACCUUCUGGGAGACCUGCCCUGCAACUCCCUCCUCACUGAGAUGCUGCACACCAAGCACAGCUGA